AAACAAAAGUACGGAGUAAUAGAAAUCACAAAUCAUAAAUUCACACCCAGUCAUUAUAUACAACUUCUGGUGCUGAACACUAGCGUAGCGACUGCCGACUUUUCAUAAGAGCGCGACCAUUGCACCGUCUCUGACUUCUUUAACGUCUUUUUAAAACUACAGUUUGCUUUUUUCUGUUUUUCAGCUUUUGGUAGGAUUAUCAGCUCUGGAGAGUACCAGAUUAGUUCUUUAGGAGAAUAAUUACUGAUCAAUGGUAGGUCCACACAAUCGAGCCGGAUCCAGUGGACGAUUACGGGAGGCUGACCUUGCUGUUAGUGACUUAGAGAAUGGUAUAGCAAGGAAGAAAGACAAAGAGAAAGGCGAUUCGUGUAAGGCGAGCAUUUCUGAUUAUGUAUGUAAUGCAGUUGAUGAUCAUUGUUUUGGAGUAGAAAAAGUUGGUGGUGUGAAUGGAAAAGGAAAAUUGCAGCAUAAUUUGUUUAGUUUUGUUCUUAAGCUAGUUGUAGCUAUAGUAGCAUUCUUUGUGCUUCUUACAUCAAUUAGACGGAUGGUUUCUAUCACGAAUAAACCAUUACUCGUAGAUAAUUUUGCUGGUGGUUACUGGUGGCUACAGCUCCAAGAACAGCUCAUUUCUGACUUUUCAGAUAUUCAAGAGCUUUCUCUUGGGUCCUCAAGGGUCAAAGAAGUUGAGUUUUGCUCUCAGGAGUAUGAAAAUUAUGUGCCUUGCUUUAACACUUCUGAAAAUACCGGGAACUCCUACUUGGAACGUCAGUGUGAAAGGGGUUUGAGGCUGAAUUGCGUGGUUCUUCCACCUAGGAAUUAUAGGUUGCCUCUUAGGUGGCCUUCUGGUAGGGAUGUGAUUUGGUAUGCUAAUGUGAAGAUUUCUGCUCAAGAGGUUUUGACUUCUGGAGCCGUGACAAAGAGGUUGAUGAUGUUGGAAGAAGGCCAGAUAUCAUUUCGUUCAGACUCUCUCAUGUUUGAUGGAGUUGACGACUACUCACAUCAAAUUGCAGACAUGAUUGGCCUCAGAAGUGUGUCUGACUUCAAUCAAGCAGGAAUAAGAUCUGUUUUGGAUAUUGGGUGUGGCUAUGGUAGUUUUGGCGCCCAUCUCUUCUCACGAAAUUUGUUGACAAUGUGUAUUGCAAAUUAUGAACCUUCUGGUAGUCAAGUUCAGUUAACACUUGAAAGAGGUCUCCCUGCAAUGAUUGCGUCCUUCAGUUCAAAGCGGCUGCCUUUCUCAUCACUUUCUUUUGACAUGUUGCAUUGUGCUAGAUGUGGUAUUAACUGGGAUGAAAAAGAUGGGAUUUUUCUGGUUGAAGCUGACCGACUUCUGAAGCCGGGAGGGUAUUUUGUCUGGACUUCACCAGUUGCUGGUAUGCAUGGAUCACAUGAAACCAAUGAAAACCAAAAAAAGUGGCAAUUUGUCCUUCAAUUUGCAGAAAGUCUAUGCUGGGAUAUGCUAUCACCGCAAGAUGAUACAGUUAUCUGGAGAAAGACCACUCACAGAAAUUGUUAUGCUCACAAGAAGCAUAGUUCAAACCCUCCUAUCUGUGAGAAGAAGUAUGAUGUUGAAUCUCCGUACUAUCAACCCCUCCAUCUAUGCAUAGGCGGAACUCGUAGUGAAAGAUGGAUUCCAAUUAAACAGCGCACAGCUUGGCCCUCUAGAGCAAGUCUAAAUUCUAGUGAAAUUAGGAUGUAUGGUGUCCUUCCCGAAGUAUUUUCUGCGGACUCCCUAAAGUGGAAGUCAGCAAUUCAGGAAUAUUGGUCUUUAUUGUCACCCCAGAUAUUCUCUGACCAUCCGAAGAGACCUGGUGACGAGGACCCUUCUCCACCUUUUAACAUGCUUAGGAAUGUAUUGGAUAUGAAUGCUCAGUUUGGUGGAUUUAAUCAUGCCUUGCUGGAAGCUGGGAAAAAUCUGUGGGUCAUGAAUGUGGUUCCUACGACUGCAGCUAACUCACUCCCCUUAAUCCAUGACAGAGGAUUUAUAGGCACAUCCCAUAAUUGGUGUGAAGCUUUUCCAUCAUACCCAAGAACUUAUGAUAUGAUCCAUGCUUUUGGACUGCUGUCACUUGAGCCACAUCAGCAUCAGAAGUGCACAAUGCUUGAUCUCUUCUUAGACAUAGACAGACUCCUUCGUCCAGAGGGUUGGGUUAUAUUCCGUGACACACCUUCAAUGAUUGAACUAGCUAGAACACUUGCGACAAGAUUUAGAUGGGAUGCCCGGACUGUAGAUGUGGAAGCAAACAUUGAUGAGAGAGUACUCAUAUGCCGUAAGCCCUUUCCAGGGGACAAAGUAUGAACAUAUGAUAUCGUUCCUCUUUCAUAGUAUAGUCUGAUAGUGUUUGGUUUGAUUAUGUUGUUGUGGUUAUUAAGGACUAUAUGGGAAGACAGAGAUAUUUCUGUGCCUCUGUUUGAUUCUUAACUAAUGUAUAGACUAUAGAGAUACUAAACUUGUAUUCUUUUUGGGGAUAGGAGGAGAAGGGAAAUUGCUGAUAGCUAAUUUAUUACAUUACAUCUUACCGUGUUGAAUGCGGGCGGGAAACUUAAACAUUUUUCUUGAGAUAUGAAGUCAGAUAUGUGCUGUUGAAUAAAUGUAAACUAUGUAUGUUGUAUACGGGGUAUCGUAUUAUUUCAAAGUAUAUAGAAACAGACUGAACAUUCUUUAA